AUGUGGCAGGAGUAUGGAAACAACCUUGUGGGCAAGCCCAUCUUUCUGACUUGGUUUGAGGCGGAUGGAACGCACACCACACAGAGGCUUGCUGAGGAUGAUCACAACCCGUGGCUUGUGGGCGCCACCUCCGACAAUCAGGGGAACAUCUACUACUUGGAGAUUCAGGAUGUGACGCAGUGGAUCAGCAAUGAGCUCAUGGGAGGCUGGACAGUUGGUCCCACGGAUCCCUGUCAAGCUUGGAUGGUCCACUGGGAUACGCUUCGGAACAAAGUGCAGUUCCGUCGAGAGCUACCCAGCUCAUCCAUGUCUCUGAAUGAUUUCACGGAGAACACGGCAGCGCUGCGCUACGACCCCAUCAACAACAAUGUGGGCGUCUACCUCUCCCACCGCAUGUUCCGUUCCUCUGAUGGCUUGAAUCAUCAGCGUGGCCUGGGCUUCGUUUUUGAUGUCGACCGGAUGGAGAUUACAGGAGCUGGGCACUAUCAGACGGGCAGCCACUCCUUUCAGAAUUCCAUGAUUGCGGAUCCUACCGGCGGCUUCAUCGGCUUGGAGCUGGAUGAUGGCUCCCCCCGGGGCUUGCAGGUGAUCAAGAUGGACGCAAACAACAAGGAGUUGGGCUUCACGCCCUACAUGUUCAAGACGCGCCAUGGUUCCGGGCCACAGAACCCGGCUGGCAGCAGCUUUCCUGCCUUUCCGGAGAUCUCCGUGAACGGCAACACCUUCUACAAAUGGAGCAAUGACAACCAGGUCUACACUGUCCUGGCUCAGCCAGGGAUCGUGGAGGUCGGAGAUGGCUACCUCAUCUUCUUCUCGGGAGAGCGACCCCCACUGGACAGCAGCGCCAUGGAGAACCACGAGGAGACCGUGCAAUCCCCCCGCAACUUGGGCUGGGUGAAGAUUGGCAAGAACAUCGCUGCGAAGCAGGUGCUCUCCAGCGGACCAACUGAAACGGGCGGGUUCUACGGCUUCCGCGGCGAGUGGACGGCGCAGUCACACCAUGGCAUCAACUGGCUCACGAACUAUGAGCACAAGUGGCUCAUCAUGAACAAGCCGAAGAGCGUGCGCCUGGCCCCGAACCGAAUCCUCCUCAUGUGGGAGCAGUGGCUGUCGAGGCCCAUGACGGAGGCUGACUGCCGAGAGAUUGCCCACGACGUCGACUUCUGCAUCAGCGUCGUCACGGCGGACUGGUAUGACAGGUCGAGCGACUGGCGUGAGCAGAUCAUAAGAUCGGAGUUUAUGAUCAUCGAUGACAGUGUCAGCAUCGUCAAGCCCUUGUGGUCCAUGGAGGGAGGCCUCAUCACACCGCAAGGUGAUGCGCCUCGCGUGAUCGAUGGGUGUGCCAUCAUCUACGCUGGCAGGGGCACCACCAUCAAGCGGUGGAAGAUUUGCGAGGUCGAGUGCGCGAAAUCGGUGGAGGUCCCAGAGGAGAUCGUGCUCGUCUCGUCGUCUGUGGAGCUCCCCAGAGAUGACCCUUGCUUCCAGCCCUUUCCCCCCAACCCGGACACGUGUUUCGAUUCCGUGGAUGCAGGUGGCGGCACGGGCUACGGCCCCACGAGGUGCGAUCCGACCUGUCGGGCUGCCUUGUGCCACGAAGUUCCGCAUUUUUGCAGCUCCACGGCCCAGUACUGCCCACUGACGUGUGGCCGAUGCAGUGUGGAAGACAACCGUGGCUACAAUGAGACGGAGCAGGCUCUGGUGGACUUCCUCAAGAGCUGUGAGAUAGGCUCCGUCACGCAUGGGGUUCACGAGUACCGCGUGCCCGCAGACCAACGAGAGGUCACAGUCUUUCGGCAGAGGUAUGAUGGAAGCUCGGUUUGCACAGCAGUACACCCGUGCAGCCACCAGCACCCAAGCGGAGGCGAACGCCACGACUACGACAACCACCACGACUACGACUGCCUCUUCUGGUGGCGCUGGAGUUGA